AUGCAACGCGAUACAAACCAAGCUUUGAAAACGCGAUUAUGAAAGAUCCUCACUUUUUUUCUUUUCUCUCAAAUAAGACUCUCAAAGAAAAACAUCGAAGCCACCAUGACGACCAUCAAGACCAGCGAUCUCUUUGUUGAUAUCCUCAUAAGUGAAGGGGUCAAGUUCGUCUUUGGGAUCCCUGGAGAGGAAAAUUUGGACUUCACAGAGUCUAUGCGCCAUCGUGCAGACCAGAUUAAGCUCAUUCUUGUCCGUCACGAGCAAGCUGCUGGGUUCAUGGCAGCAACUGUCGGUAGACUCACUGGGCAACCAGGAGUGGCUCUUUCAACUUUGGGACCAGGUGCCACCAACUUUACUACCUCGGCUGCUUUUGCCUUUCUCGGCGGAUUCCCCUGUCUUUUCAUCACUGGGCAAAAGCCCAUCAAAAAUUCCAAGCAAGCUGACUUUCAAAUUAUCAAUGUGGUGGAGAUGAUGCGUCCCAUCACAAAGUAUACCAAGUCGAUCCCUUCAGGCAAUAUGUUGGCUGCCUCGGUACGACGAGCCUUGUCCCAAUCAGUGGCAGAAAAGCCAGGGCCUGUGCAUAUUGAGUUGGCAGAGGACGUGGCUGCUGAAGAAACUGCCUCUCGUAUCUUCGAAACGUUGGAUUUUCGUCGGCCCAUCGCAGAGCCAAAGGCCAUUGACAGGGCAACGGAGAUCUUGCUCAGCGCCAAGAACCCAGUAGUCAUCAUUGGAGCAGCCGCCAACCGCCAACGGGCCAUUCGAGCUUUGCGUGCCUUUGUAGAAGAAAUGGGAAUUUUCUGGUGUUCCACUCAGAUGGGAAAGGGGGUGCUGGACGAACGCAGCCCUCUUUGUCUAGGUGUCACUGCCCUAUCCAACAAAGAUUACUGCCACUAUGGCAUUGAUUUUGCUGAUGUUCUUUUGAUUUGUGGUCACGAUGAAAGUGAAAAGCCCCCUAUUAUCAUGACACCAGAGGGAACACGCAAAGUGAUUCAUGUCGGUUUCUCCCAAGCCAACGUUGACAACGUCUACAGUCCUUCUGCCCAAGUGGUUGGAGACGUUGCCAACGCCGUGUGGCAAAUCCAUGAAAAGCUGCGCGCCUCUGGGAAGAAGUGGGACCAACCCAUCCUGAAACGAUACAAGGAGCUCUCAGAUCCACUCCUUCGCACCGGAAUGGACGAUUCAGCUUUUCCAAUGAACGUCACGCGUGUUGUUGCAGACAUUCGAAAGGUGCUUCCCGAGGACGGGAUACUUUCGCUAGACAAUGGACUCUACAAAGUAGUGUUUGCCCGUCUAUUCCAAGCCUUCCAGCCCAACACCAUACUGUUGGACAACGCCCUAGCUACGAUGGGCGCUGGAAUCCCCAAUGCAAUUGCUUGCAAACUCCUGUUCCCUGACCGCAAGGUUGUUUCUAUCAGUGGAGAUGGGGGUGCACAAAUGAACCUUCCAGAACUCGCCACUUGUAUCCAAUACAAGAUCAGCUCCGUCCAUAUCAUUUUAAACGACAACGCCUUUGGCAUGAUCAAAUGGAAGCAAGGGCUGGCUGGCUUCGAAAAUUGGGGCUUGGACUUGCAGAACCCUGAUUUCGUUGAGAUUGCCAAAGCUUAUGGGGCUCAAGGCUACCGUGUCGCCAAAGCAGAAGAAUUUGCUGCCAUCCUUGAGACAGCAAUGAAUUCUGAAGGAGUUCAUUUGAUCGAGGUUCCUUUCAGCUAUGAAUCAAUGGCAGCUGAUCUGAUCCAAGUCCCUAAAAAGGCAGAAGCAGUGGUUGAACAGAUCAAACAAGAGUUUGGAACUUGCGUCGUUGAGAACUGCUUGGAGGAGUAGGGGCUACAUGUAUGUCUUGAUGUAUCGAGAACUUAGAUCCCUGCUGUAAGAGCCAUACCACCUGGACCUGCCCUGAAACCUUUGAUUAACUUGUUUUAUAAUGCUACAGUCUGAUGCUUUGCUUUG